UCAGACUUUGUUGGUAUAAGUGUAAAGAUCGUCCCAUUGUUUUUUUUAAAUAAACAGCGCGUGUUCUCGCGAGAUCUGAGCAAUAGCGCCCCCUUGUUUGUGUGUGGCCAAACGACGGGAGGUGUGAGGGAUACUCCGCGGCUAACGAUAGCAAGGUACACAAAUAGGGCUUUAAUUAAGUUACGGUCUUCACUGACACUCUGGAGGUCUACUAAAAGCUACAAGAGGACAUAAUUUAGGCAAAACCCGCCGGUUUUGCUGCUACAUUCCCACCAAGGCGAGCUGCGAGAACAAGGGAGUCCCGCUAAUCCCGAGAAGUGGGAAGCGGCCUGCUUUUGUAGCCGGCUUCACGGUGCAGCUCAGGCGGCUAGCACUGACACCAGAGCCCGCUGCUUCCACUGGUUUAUUUUUCUUUUCACCCGCAGAAGCGUCGGAGCUUCUAAGUUAUUUUUGUUUUAAUAACCGCAGCCUCCCCAUCGCCUAUUCCUCUUCCUAUCGACGUGCGGCUGUCGCCGUUUCUCCCUAAAGAGGACCUUUUCGAGCCGGGGCGGCCUGUUUUGUUUUCGAGCCGCCUUGAAUCUCCGCGAACAAUAACACAACCAUAACGAGCCUGCUGGGGGCUGCACAGCCCAGCGAAAUAGGAGCCACGGAAGCGUCGCUGUGAGCUGUAAAUGCACUGUGUGAUACCAGGUCUGGUAUGGACGUGAAACCCCGGGACGAGGAUGCAUGUGGACUAUGGAAUUAUCGGGGGGAAACCAUUGCAAACCGGAGCACUUUGUCACGAAAGCCCCUGUUUGAAUUUCGGAGCUGGUGCUGCUAGUUAGCCAGCUGUAAGUAACGUUAAAAGCCCACUGACAGAGGAAAGAGCGCCACACGAUGCUUUGUCUAAUCAUAACUCACGGACUCUAUGGAAACAGACUUGGAUGAACCGACGUUUAUAUGCAUGCUCGGCCUAGUUGUGAAUGCACUUAUAAUCUGCCCGAUCAAAAGCAACAGUACUUUUAAGAGCUGGGACAUCACAUUGAGGAUGGAUUGGAUGUGAUUUGGGAUGAGUAACCUCGAUUGCUCCCUGCGCAGACUGCUAUAUAUGUUGGAUUUACCGACGGGGAACUGAAGCCGUUAUAUCCAUCUAUGCUCUCUUCAAAGCCACCAGACUCCUUUGACAAAAACAGUAAUUUUACCUCGCAGAACACCGGAGUCGCUGGUCUACAUCUGCCUAGUUUGUUUGUGUUAUUGUGUGACUUUGGUGUUUUAACGUAUUAAUACAUCUUAACGGACCGGACCGGACUGGAGCCCCGGGACAGGCAGCUGAGAUGAACCCAGUGAAUGCGACCUCUCUUUACGUGUCCGCGAGCCGUUCGGUGCUGCAGUGCGACCCCCGAGACCCCCGGGCCCUCGCGGAGCUCUGCAAGCUGCUGCCGUUUUUCCGCCAGUCCCUGUCCUGCUUGGUCUGCGGUAACCUGCUGCAGGACCCCAUCGCUCCCACAGACUCAUCAUGUCAGCAUUACGUCUGUCGAGGCUGUAAAGGUCAGAGGAUGCAGCUGAAGCCCUCCUGUAGUUGGUGUAAGGACUAUUCCCGCUUUGAGGAAAACAGGCAGCUCUCCUUGCUUGUCCACUGUUACAGGAAGCUCUGUCUCUACAUCACCCAGUCGCCGCUCGCCCCGCACAUAGCCAGCGCCGCCAGCGACUCGCCCGACCUCCAGGCCAUCCUCAACGAGGGCCUUACGUUGGCCGAGAGCGAGCCAGAGGCGGAGGACAUUUCAGAUUCAGUUGGCCUGUCGCAGACGGCCUCCACCUCCGAGUUGCUCCAGCCUGAUAAAGCUCCACCCACGAAGGAGCUCAAGGGGGAGGAGCCGAGCCCCGUCAGUGUAAACGGGCUGCAUGAUUGCAACGGCCUGGUCAGUUCGGACAUUCUGCAACCCAUCACCAUAGAAACAGGUGGAGGUGUUGCAAAGCAGGAGAGCUUUUCUGAGGAGAUCCCGGUGUGUGUGAGUGUCACGGGGACUGGGGAGGCGGGGCUUUGUGACAUCAGCACUUUCGGGGAUGAUCUGAAACAUGGCGGAGGGCCGUUGUUGUUGAGUGUUGAGGAGGUGCUCAGGACUCUGGAGACGGACACUGACCCUGAGCCCAACCCCAAGCCGGACUGUCCCCCCUCUGUACUUCAGUCCGGCCUCAACGGGCCUCACUGCCCAUCUCGUCCUGACUCCUCCCGCCUCAUCCCCUCCCUCCCCACAGAAAACAGCCCCCGCCCCCUCCAGCCUCACCCGCAGCCCUCACUGCAGCCUCCCUCUCAGCCCUCCACAGUCAUCCCCCACGCCCCCCCUCGGUACCACCGCAAGCGAUCCCGCUCAGAAAGCGACAGCGAGAAGGUGCAGCCCCUCCCCAUCUCCAUCCUCUUACGAGAGCCUCCCCUCGGUGCCAACAGCUCCCCCCAUCACCCUAACCCCGGUGCCACCACCAAACAGGAGCCUAAGUUCCCUGCAGCCACGCCCCACCCACACUUGGCCCCGGUGCCUAACGGUGGUCCCCCCAAGGUGGGCAAGACUGUGCUCGUCUCCAACAAGGCGCUGAAAAAGACUGUGGAGCACCACGUGGGCCCCAAGAAGGCUUACACCAAGGCCAGGCAAGGGGCCCCCAAGCCCCGCGCACAACCCCGUGACAGAGUACCACCACACCCCCAUGCACACCACCUGACACACCCACCUAGCCCCUCGAAGCCACUGUAUAAAAAGCCUGUGGAGAAGAAGGGCUGCAAGUGCGGCCGAGCCACCCAGAACCCCUCUGUGUUGACCUGUAGGGGGCAGCGCUGCCCCUGCUACUCCAACCGCAAGGCGUGUCUGGACUGUAUCUGCCGCGGCUGCCAGAACUCCUACAUGGCCAACGGAGAGAAGAAGCUGGAGGCCUUCGCCGUGCCAGAGAAAGCUCUGGAACAGACUCGUCUCACGCUGGGCAUUAACCUCACCAGUAUCACCGCGGCGGCCCUCCGUAGCCCGGCCACCACGUCCCCUGGCAACACCCUUCUCAACGUCACCACGGCAACAGGAGCCCCCGUCACGGCCACCUUCUUGUCGGGAGCGGGACACGACAACAGGGGCUUUGACGAUUCACUGGAGAUGCGGUUUGACUGCUGAGGUCCAGCCCCUCCUCCGGUCAGUCGUUACGCACAUUCCCCGCCCCGCCAGCUGGACGUUAUCCAUCUGGGUGUGCCAGGGACCUGCGGUGGCGGAGCCAGAACAAGGCAGCUACAGUGACAGGCGAUAGUGAGGGUCACCAGCUGAAGAUGAGGAGUCGCCCUCAGUCCAUCGCCCGAAACUGCACCAUGCUUGUGGUCUUGCAUACAGAUACAGUGUGGAAGAGAAGGAGGAGAUGUAGCGUUACUGUAUGUGCAGAGAUUUCAUUUCAGUGGAGAUAGUUUCUUUUUUAAAAAUUUUUUUUUUGGUUUUCUUCUCUACUAUGGGUAAUGUGUAGAGCAUGUUGUGUAGCUAAGUUGGGAGUGCUGACCACGGUCAAACGCCUCAGUGUGUGUGUGUGUGUGUGUGUGCGUGCGUGCAUGUGAGUGUGUAUGUGUGUGUGAGGGGAAGGGUUUGGUUUGGAGAUGAACCUUGUUAGCAGGAACGGAGACAUCUUCUACAUCAGAGACUGGUGUAAUUUAUAUAAAAGAAAGAACUUUUUGUACAUGGACUUAUUGGUUUCCAUUUAAGAAGACAUUUUAUGAUAAAUUUUAUAAGUUACAUUAAAAAAAAAAAACAGUGGAAGUCGGUGCAGGGGAAGACCUGCAUUCAACCAGAAUAUUUUCACAGGUAAAAGGUAGAUUGUAUUUUCUAAACUCUGCUAGACCACUAGAAAUAAAACAUGGAACUGAGUAGAUGACUAUCAAAGACCCCUGAAGAAAAACCAUACAACCUGAACAUAACUGUUUUUAAGUUAAAAACAUUUACAAUAAUGCAAUUCUUUAUCUUUUGCUCCAAGAACUGGGAUGUGAAUUUAACACCACCAGCCAAAUGUAUGUUUCAAUUUUGUCUGUUGGAUGUUUAUACUGUGAGCCACUGUCAGACACCCAGACAUUAUUCUAAGAUGUUAUUGUAUACUAAAUAUACAUAUAUAUAUAUAAAGCUGGUAAAAUGGGGAAUUUUGGAGCCAACCAUUGUGGCUGGUGGAAGACAAAACCUUAAACCCUGGUUUGCUGUUGGAUAUGUUGAGGAUGCGCGUUAACCUGUUUAAUCAUUUGUGUGUUCUUGUAUUAAGCACUUUGCCCACUUGUUCACACUGGCCACACACCUUUAAAAAAAAAAAAAAAGAUUUUUUUCUGUUACUUGCUUGUGUUAAAAAACUCUGGUUGAUUGCAGGCCCCCACACAUUGUUAUUCACAUGUUUUUGGUUUCUGGAAGCUACACACAUGCUGCUAAACACCACAAAGGACUCUAAAAGGAGAGCACACCUGUUUUCCUUGUCUUUUGUUCUUUUUUUUUGUUGUUUGUUUUUAAUAAGUUGCGUUAACAACAUUUGCAGUAUUUAUUGCACGUCUCCUAACAUAGGUUACGUGUUGGGCGUCAGUUGUGCCUGCUCUGCCUGUCGAAUCUGUCGAUCCUGUCUGGACUUUUUCUGUCUCAGUUAAGUUGCUGUCUCCUUCUUAGUGUUAGUUUCUGGUGUCUCCAAACAGUUAUUGUUCUCCCUUGGGGCAUUUAAAUACCUGUAAUAUAACUGUAACAUAUUUCCACAAAAAAGAAAGAAAAUCAAAAACUUA